AUGUCGUCCGCCUCGCAGGCAUCCUCUAGGCGGCAAUGGUGCUAUCUCUGCGAUCUGCCCAAGAUGCCCUGGGCCAUGCUCUGGGAAUUCAGCGAAGCUGUUUGCCGGGGAUGCGUGAACUACGACGGGGCAGACAGAAUCGAGCUUCUAAUUGAGACGGCCAGGCAGUUGAAGAGCAGCCACGGUGUUUUGGACGGAAGGUCCCCUGGCCCUCAGCAAGGCAAACCCAGCUCAGGUGGGCCAAUGGAAGGAGGGAGGCAGCACGCAGAGCGUUUAGACAGGGGUAGGGGGAGAGUAUGGAGUUUCCCCCCGCCUCCCCAACGGUCUGCACAGAGCUGAGGAUGUGAGUAUGUCAGAGGGGAGCAGGCAGAGCCCCAACACCAGACGGGCUAUGGCUGGGGCUGUACCUGCUCUACAUGGGACAAUACCUCAUGCUUUGAUAGCCCAGGGGUUAGUGGGGCCCCCUCACGGCUUGUUGGCCCCUGUUUUAGGCACCAGGGCUGGGGGCCCACAGAUGGCUGGCUCCUCUGGCCCUAUAAUGGGUGAUGUUGGCAGGCGUCAGGUAGGGUCAGCCAUGUCGCUGGGAGCUGGCGCCUCUGCUCUGGUGGGUCUGGAAGCAGGCUGGAGGAAUGGGGAGGUCAUGGCUGAGCUAGCGGAGAGCGCCAGGAGCCGGGCAGAAGGCUGGCCCAACCGCCCCAAAGUGGUACGAGAAGUCCUGGUGACCCUCUGUGGCUGUGCCCCCUUCAGCGUGCGCUUCAGGAAAGACCACAACUUGGUGGGGCGCAUCCUCGCUUUUGAAGCCGGUGCUGGGCCUGAGUUUGAGCUGAAGGUGUUUGUGGAGUACCCCAGCGGCUCUGGAAUAGUCUUCUCUGGCAUCACGGAGCUGGUCAGGCAGAUGUUCCGCGACUCUAACAAAGAUGCAGGCAAAGCAGUGAACUCUGGGCUGCGCUACGUGGAAUACGAGAGACGGCAGGGCGCCGGGGACUGGCGUGCACUCACUGAGCUCCUGAGCGACGGCGUGCGUUCAUUUAAGGAGCCACCGAUGCCCGAGGUCCUUCCACAGUCGUACGCAGACAGCGGCAUGCCAAUGGCGCCUGCCGGCCGCUCUGCACCUCCAAAGGGCGCUGCACGGCGACGCAAAGCAUCCCCGGGCUCAGAAAACGGAGAGAGUGAAGGAAGGCCCAUGGGGGAUCACCCAGCCAGGGAUCCCUGGCCUCGAGGUGCCUAUCCAGGCAUGGAGCCCCUGGGCACAGGCAUGCCCAACCCCCAGGACGGCCCGCCCCGCUCCCACAGCCAGCCCUCACCCAUCUCGGCGCUCAUGGGAGUGGCCGACAGCCUGAGCUCCAACCAAAUGUCCCGAGAUGGCCCCGGCAUGUCCUCGGCCCACUCCUCCGCAUCUGGCCGCCCAACCAGCGGUAGUCCCUCUUCAGCCUCUGCCGCAGUCUCCCAGGCAGUUAUGGGCCAGGGUGCCCAAGGGGGACCUAACACCACCAGCGCCGGGGAGUCCGGGAGCGGCACCCCAGGUGCCCUGCUCUGCUGCACCCUCUGCCGAGAGCGUCUGGAGGACACUCAUUUUGUCCAGUGUCCAUCUGUCCCGCAUCACAAGUUCUGCUUCCCAUGCACGCGCGGCUCCAUUCGCAGUCAGGGCCCUGGAGGAGAGGUGUACUGCCCCAGCGGCGAGCGCUGCCCUCUGGCUGGAUCCACCGUGCCCUGGGCCUUCAUGCAGGGAGAGAUCUCCACCAUCCUUGCCGGAGACGGAGACGUGACGGUAAAGAAAGAGAACGACCCCUGACCCCCCAGUCCUAUUGAGGUGAGAGGCUGAUGACAUCACUCUUUAUAUUUUUCCAUAGAUCUAUUAUAGUGAUUGUGUUGCUAAUAAAGAUUGUAAUUGUCCUCUUUCUCCGCAGCGGGUCAAACAACACUUUAAAAGCACUUCCCUGAUCUAUCUCACCCAGAAGGUUCAUCACGUGUGCCUCGCAACUGAAUCACCGCCCAAGCCAGGAGGCAACAGAACAACCUUCUAAACAAGUUAGGAGGGCACCAGAAACAUCGGUCCAAGAGGGGGGCCACAAGUCUGCUUUUCUGGGCUGGGCUCAUCUGCAGGGGUUCGUAGUAACAGUUUAAAUAAGAGAAAAUCCGGCAAACAUUAUUCUCCAUGUCCAACACAGCAGCAGAGUCUAUUCAAGAGGCCUUGUUUUAAAAGCCCAGGAUUGAAAGCACAGGUCUGUUCUUCAAUAUGACAAUCUCUCAGCGUUUCAGAUGUUUCAAUAUAUUAUAUUAAAACAACAAAUAUUUAGUUGCAUACUGUCAUACAAGUGAAUGAUACUGAUAUUCAAAGUCCAUCAUGGGUAGCCAGAACCAUGCAAUUAUUUGGACAGGAAAAAUAAAAAAGCCACAGUUAUAACAUUUUAUUAACACAUACACUGUCUCCUAUGUAUGCUCCUUUAUUACAUAUAUUGUAUGUCAAAAAUGUGAAUUUACUUUCAAUGCCUAUGUAAUUUCUACUUUUGAUACAAUACACAUUUAUAUGUAUGAGUUUAUAGUGGUAAGAAGACCAAAGACGGCUUCGUGCGCUGUAAUUGUAUUGUAUCUAUGUAUGCUGUACUCGCUGAUAACCUCUGGCAUCAGUCAAUCUGUUUCAUCUACCACAGAAGUAAGCUGGUUGUUUUUGUCUGUCUAAUAUUGACUUUUUCUGAAAUCCUCCCAAAUAUAUAUGUAUAUGUAUAUAUA